UAGUGUUAGAUGAACACCCCCACAGCAGUGCAGAUGGUGGAAGCAGAGAAGCUGUGGCUCAACCGUGGACCUCGUGCAGAAAUAAAAGCCGUCACCUUGUAGGGGGAUCGAGGUUUUCGGAGAGCUGGUGUUGGGCGCUGUGAAUUGGUGGUCGCUCUGGGUGAUCUACGAGGAGGGAGCGAUCGUGGAAGGGGUGACCGAAAGUGUCGGAAUGUGUGGGCCUGGACUCCUUUGAGUGACAGAUGCUUCUCCAGAAGGUCAUUAACAAGAUGAAGAUGCAGGAUUAUGUCUGAGCUGAAGAUAAAUAGAUUACUCCCAAAACAGAAUGUGAUUUUGUUGUUUUUUCCUCUAUCCACUUGGCUGCUUUUGUGACACUGGGCCCAUCCCUCUUUCUCCCUCUCUCUCUUUCUCUCUCUCUCUCUCUUUCUUUCUCUCUCACCCAAAGUUCUCUGGGAUCAUCACUGUCUAGAAUUCCCACCAUCUCCGUUCUCUUCUCCUGACCUACCAUCCAACAUCAAUGUCCACCCCUCUAUACAUUUACUUGAAAGGAGCCCAGAAAUAUCACCAAUCCAAAGGACUUUUUCCCUUCCCGUGGAUGCAAGAUGAAAUGAAUCGCGAAAAUCCAUCAUGCUUUUGAAAAAUACAAUUUUCUUUACACUUUUUUUACUUGUGGUCCAAGCAUCUACAAUCAAAGAUCUAAAUGACCACAAUGCCCCAUUGUCCAGAGACAGCCGGAAACAAACAGAAGAACAGCCAGAGAUGACCAAACAAUUCAAUGUCAAAAGAAUGUUUGAUCUGGGAAGACGGAGAACAAAGAGGUCUAUCAUCUACCAAACAGGGGUUAAAGUCUGUCCUCAAGAAAGCAUCAAAGACGCCCUUGCCAGUCACCAGGCUUAUUACAAGCUGAGAGUUUGCCAGACGGCAGUGUGGGAGGCCUUCCGCAUUUUCCUGGACCGAGUCCCCAGCACCAGCGAGUAUGACAGCUGGGUCUCCACCUGUCAGCAGGAAUCCCUCUGCAUGAGCGACCUGCUCCAAAGCUUCAGCAGCUCUCGGGAGCACCUGGAGAUGCUGUACAAGACGGUGAAUGUGCAAGACAAGAUUGACCGAGAAAGGUCAAAACAGCAUGAUCCAGAAAGGGAGCGCGAGAAAGUCCACGAAAUUCCGUCUGCCAAUCCCUGUGAAAUACUCCUCCCCAGCCACGCGUCCCAAGAGAAGGUUAUGGGCCAUAAAGAGGCAGGAGCUGAGUUCUCCAGACCAUCACCAGAGGAGCCCGAGUACCAGGUGCUGGAGUUCAGCAUCACCAUUGCGGAUCCGACCGUAAGUGAACUGGUGAAUGAAACCAACGGCGCCCGGUAUAAGGAACUGACCCUCAACCUACGAAACCAGAGGGUUGUAUUUCUCCUGGAGCCUGAUGCAGGAAUCACAUGGCUUGGCCCAGGGACACCCUACAGCACACAAACCCUGACAUCCUGGGGACUCCAAUUAAUCUAAAUGCAUGUCUUUGGGCUGUGAUGUGAAAGCAUAGAGUGCCAAGGACAACCUGUGCAGACACAAGUAUUAGAGACUCCAACCCUGGAGAAGCUACACACUGAGACACAGUGCUACCUCA